CUUUCUUCGAUACAUUCUGUCAUUUUGCUUUUUUUCUUGUUUCGACAUCAAAUCCAAAACUCUAAUUCUCUUUGAAUAGUUCGGCAAAAAUCUGUGCUCAUUUCGUAUUUGCAUUUCUCUGUAUUCUGAAUUUUGCAGGAAAGAUUCAAACUCAGUGAAGUGAGUUCAAAGUAAUGGAUAAGGAGAAAAUUGAGCAGUUGCAGAUUCAAAUGCAGCAGUGGUUAUAUGAAGUUGAAGAAUAUGUUCACCAUAUACCUCCUACUCAACUUUAUGCUGCAGUCGGGGUCGUCUUAUUUACCAUGAUUUUGUUUCUAAUAAUUUGCCUUUUUAAACGUACAACAUCUAAUACAAUUUUACUCACUGGACUGAGUGGAAGUGGCAAAACUUUCCUCUUCUACCAGCUUAGAGAUGGCUCAGCCCAUCAGGGUACUGUGACAUCGAUGGAACCAAAUGAAGACAGUUUUAUACUACACUCUGAGAGAGAAAAGAAGGGGAAAACAAGACCUGUUCAUAUUGUUGAUGUUCCAGGGCAUUCUCGUUUGCGUCCGAAACUAGAUGAGUUUUUGCCUCAAGCAGCUGGCAUUGUGUUUGUGGUGGAUUCAGUGGAAUUUUUACCAAAUAGCCGUACUGCUGCAGAGUACCUGUAUGAAAUAUUGACAAAAGCAACUGUGGUCAAGAAAAAGAUUCCAGUACUUCUCCUGUGCAACAAGGUUGAUAAAAUAACUGCACAUACAAAGGAGUUCAUAAGGAAACAGCUGGAGAAGGAAAUCGACAAGCUUCGUACAUCAAGAACUGCAGUAUCUGAGGCAGACAUUUCUAACGAGUUUACGCUUGGAGUAUCCGGAGAACCAUUUGGAUUUUCUCAGUGCUGUAACAAAGUAAUUGUUGCCGAAGCUUCUGGUUUGACUGGUGAAAUCUCUCAGUUGGAGCAGUUCAUCAGGGAGAAUGUGAAAACUUGACUACACAGUUAGUCAACGACUCGAAGUGCUUUCCUUUUACCCUUUUAUUUUCUUCCUCAUUAAUGAGUAUGGAGGAGGAAGAAAAAGACAGUUAGAUGGGAUGAUCAAGAUUAGAAUAGAAUUUGGAUAGUCUUAUUUUCUCUCUUUAUAAUUUGAUUCAUUCAAACUUUGUUAGUUUGUUAUGUCUUGAAAAACUUGUUAAUGGCAAAUGCCUAGCUAGCUUGGACUA